GGCACGGGAACGCCUUCACUACCAGCAGGAGGCUCCGGCUCGGAAACAGACAAUCCCCAAGGCCGCAAGCUGCGUCCAGUUGAAUUAGAAGAGGCGCCGUCCGAGGAGAAGAUAGAAGCAACGAAGCAUACCGCAGAACAAAGGGAAAAGGAAAUAAAGGACCGCGUGGCAGCUUUGAAGGAAAAGUUUGCGAAGAGCGAACAAGAGACCCUCUCUGUGUUGUCAAAGAAGCUAGAGGAAUUGAAAUCUAGAAGCGACACAUCACGCGGAGUGCCAGUGAUCACACCAGGUUUGCUGGGUUUGCGAAAAAGUCGGGAUCAUGUCUAUAAUUCCAAAAUUGGUGGAAGUGAAUCUUCAACCGCGCCGAAAUCAACAUACAAUACCAUCUACACGCGAGCAAAGGAGUUGCUCUCUUUAGAGAGCACGGCGAAACCGAAACCAGGUGGAGGUGGCGACUUAGAAGACGGUGCCGGAGUAACUCCUCGAAAGGAAGUUUUCGACAAUGCAAAAAUUCAGCAACUUCUUGACGAACGAGGACAUACAUCACCAAGCACACUAGGAGCAGGUGGCGUGGACGAUGCGUAUGCGCGAGCUGUCGCAAUGAAGAGCAGCCCUAAAAAACCGUCACGCAAUUCCUAUUUUGGCAUCGGCGAUACGUCAGGUACUACAGGCGGCGCAGCGGGCACAACUACGAAUAGAAAUUCCGUCAUGAGCUAUGAAAAUCUAGCGACUGGUACCGCCGCAGUGGCACGCGGUCUCGAAUUCAUGACGACAGCGCUCAGUCCUGCUGUAAAUACUGUCGCCGCAAGACUGGGAGAAGAGGUUUCGCGGCGGGUGCUACCACAAGAGGGGAGCUUGGAUUUUGGCCCGACCAGGUUUAAGGAUCCGUUAGCAGCGGGUGCGGCACCUCCACUAUUGCAUGCUGGUUUGGGAGUCAGGACCGAACUACGGAACGAAUCCGCCACACUAAACACAGCUGGAUUUGGUGCCAUAGAUGCUAGCCCAGUGGACCCGAGAGCUUCAACUGGUGACGUUGCCUUCCCAAGACCCCCAUCUGCUUUUCUGUCUGAAGACCAGGUGGGAGGAAAUGACGAACAAUUUCCUGCUGUUGCUUCUGACGACGAGGUAGGAAAUUUUAUCGUCGAGAUGCAUCGGGAAAGUGCAACUGCUACAACUUAUCCCAGUGCAAAGCGGUCUUCUACUGGUCGUGCCAAUGAAAAACUGAACAACACAAUCAGCGCUGAGGCGGACAACAGAGAAGCUCUGUUAGACCGACUCGGGCAACUAGAACAACGGCUCAGACGCAAUCUGGUGAACAGUCGGCCGUUUUCAAGUGCAAGGCGCAGCGAGGGACAGCCGUGGUGGUACUCGCCAGUCCGAAAAGAGAAGAGCGCGGGCGCCGCCAUGGCAGAAAUACUGAAUCAAGAAACAGCGGUGCAGACCACUCUGAACAAGACUGAAGAAGUACCUGCCAACGACGCCGUAGUAGAUGCACAAGUCGACGGAAGACGUACAGGUGCGCCUGCGCAGGAUUCCCAGUCUGGAGUGGAUCUUCCGUCGAAACGAGAAAGAACAGGCUCACCAGUGCCACAGACGCAAGUAGAGGAAGAGCCUGAUCAUAGCUUAAAUGACAGUACAGCAGCGCAAGUCAUCAUGCCUAAGAGUGCAGCAGGACUACCGACGGGGAUGGAAGGUAUUUCAAUAAUGUUCAUCAUGGCAUGGGGAAACCUUCUACGCCCGAUAUGCUGCCUUGGUGUGUUUAAACAGUCGUACUUUUCAAAGGUCUAUUCGCACUAGAUGAGCAAAGUGUUUUGCACUUGGUUCUGAUCUCCAGACUUUCGUCCGCAAAGCGGCACAAGUCCUAAUCACGACCCAAACGUUACAGGCGCAACGCUAACGUCUAUUGAAAAGGAGGCAUCUCGGCCGCUACCUGGCGGAACAGAUGCCGGAAGUGCCAGUGAACGAAUCGAACACUUGCCCGCUGCGGUUCCACGAGUAAAUGUCGAAGCUACCAGGAUGGUCACAACUUCACACCGCGAAGUCGAAGCAGUCGAGUCGUCGGACCUGGAGCAAGAACAGCAGAAAGAAGAGGACGCGCCUCCACCACCACCAGAGCUCGUAAUUUCACACGCUGGCGAUAUUAGCGGACCGUCAGGAACUCUUUCGAGUUCUGCGCCCACACGGGUGCCCGAUCAGCCGAAGCGCACUUUCGCGCUGUCGCCCCG